AUGAAACACUCCCAGCAACUGAUGUUCGUAAACAAAUGCAACGAAGCCAAACCAGCUUGUGAAUACUGUGUCCACACGCAAAGGGAAUGUGUAUAUGCUACACUGACGUCUACAUGCGGAUUGCAACUGCUGCAGAACCAUGCCAGAAAACCAGCUCCAGCAAUUGAAGUGCUAAACACAACCACCCUCCCAACAAGAUCGGAAGAAAUGCCGAUGUUUGAGAUACUAGACUCAGGCGCCACCUCACCAAGCACCAUUUCACCAAGCACCAUUUCACCAGUCACCAUUUCACCAGUCGCCACUUCACCAAGUUCCACUUGGGGGUCUCCUUUAUUUGAUGAACAGAAAACACCAUCGCUGAUACUCUAUGGUGGCCAGCUUACACCCCAAACUCGAGCACUUCUAAAAAAAAGAGACAAAUACGAGACGCCAGAUCAAGUUGAUCAUCUAACGCGAAGUUUAAUGUUGAACCAAGCCUCAUCGAUAUUGGGUAUUCUGAGGUUUGAAUUACGGUUGUUGAAGUUUUUUGACGCGCAUUGCAUCAACUUGUUUUCAUUUGGUGUCAAUGACGGCAUACACAAUGCCUGGAAGUAUAAAGUGCCGUCCUUGUUUAUGGAAAGUGAUUUGGUGCGACAGCUGAUGUUUUCAUUUGCUGCUGUUUCAUUGAGUACUACUUUGCCAUUGAAAGACGUACAACUUGCCGAUAAUCAAGAUUCGCCAAAUCUGGAUCUGGUACUAUCUCUAGCUGAAGAUACGCUGGCUUUACCGGAAGACAAUUAUGAUUUUUCCACGAAAAAGAAUAUAUAUUUGAAAACGACGGCCCAAUUUCUCAAUACGUUGGCGAAAGCACAAGAAAGGAUCAGUCAAGUUCACGCGGUAAGCUCAUUCACCGACCCCUUUGUCGCCAAGGAGCUAACAGUUUCAAGUAUUUUGAUUUUUUCAUUCUUGGGUAUCCAACCUCAUGGACUAAUCAAACUCAUAAGUUUCAAUCACGAUGAAGAAACCGACAUGAUUUCAAUCUCACGAGGAUCAAGAGACGUAAUCCUUAAUUGUGCCAGUUCUCUAAUUCAAUCAGAAUUGAGUGGAUUGCUAUUUUUUCGCGUCAAUCAGGAACUUUAUAGUCCCCCAUUCAAGAGCUGCAAUUACCCCAUUAUCAAGUACCUUUUGCAAGGAUUAUACGAGUUUCAAGACUCGACUAACGAAGUAGGAGAUGCUACUUCACUGAGGUAUCAAAUAUUUCACUUGACGCUUGAUUGUUUAACCAAGGCCCUUUUUGGAUGUGGAUAUUAUAAAUUCCCCAUCCCCUUGUUUCGGUUCCUCAUGGUGAUCCCCGAGGACUUCCGUACUCUUCUUUAUGCCAAACAUAAAUAUGCGUUAAAGAUAUUGUACAUUUAUGCUUGUUUGUGUUUCGUUGCCCGGUUCCAUUUGUUUAGAGAAUAUAACCUUUGGCGGGAUUUUGUUGUUUGGUAUAAAAGUGAAACGGGGUUGCAUGACGAGUUAGAAAGGUCGUUGUAUUAUCUUGUGGUUGAAAAGUACUAUCUGGUUGAAGUUUAUGAAGACUUUCCCUAUUUCGAUCCGAUUAAACUCUGUGAAGAAAUGGUGGCUGGUUAA